CAACCUUUUAAAUGAAUACUCCAGCUUUUACUGCACCUUCUUGGAGACUUCUAAACACAUAAAUAUAGAGAAAGUCUUCAGCCCUGUUCUUCCUGCCAUGUGCCAUUCAGUCAGUAUCAUACAGAAGAACACAGACCUGGUGCUGGAGGACAUUGAACAGGAAGAAGUCAAGGAAACAAAGCCGGAGGUGAAGGAAGAGCCACAGCUGGAGAAGAAAGAGGAUGUGAAGCCAUCCAAAAAGGAGACUGGAGAUGCAGAAUCACAGGUGGAUGAGUUGAGUCCACUGAUUGACAGCAUCAAAAAGGAGGCUGGAGAGGCAGUCCUAGCUCACAUGGAGGAAAGGCUGCAGCAGGAGCGUCUGGAGGCAGCUCGUGUGGCCGAGGAGAUGGCCAGAAAGGCAGCGGAGGAGGCAGUCCGCCAGCUCGAGGUGGAGCAUUCAGCUAAGAUUGUAAUAGAAACACUACCAGAGUCCAAUGAACAGCUGCCCAAUAUCCUGGAAGAAGAAAACGAGGAUGAUCCAGAGUUACAAAACCUGCAGGAGGACAGUGAAGACAGCACAGAGAAUCAGAGUCCUGAGGAAAAUAAAGUGACAGAGGAAGAUAAAAUCAAGACCACUGUUGAGGAAGAGACUAAAUCUGAUCAGGCAGAUCUCAAAAGGUGCAUGGUAGACGUCUGCCCAGCUGAAGAUGAAAUCAAAGCAACAACUCAAGUGGAAAAGGUGGAGCCUGCUCCAGACGAAACCCACAAGCCCCCAACUCCACCCACUGAAUCUGAAGCACCAGAGGAAGCCACACCUUCAACAGAUGCAGAACCAGUCUCCCAACAACCUGAGCCACUGCCUCCAGAAACUCCACCCACUACCACCGAUCAGACCAGCACAGCAGAAGAAGGUGGAUGUGGAGAAAACUGCAGUAAACGUUUGGCUGAAGCUUCAGAGCUGAAGGUGGAGGCGAUGGAUGUGAUGGAAGGGAAAGGUCUGAACAUCCCCCAGAUUAUCACCACCCCAGAACCAGAACCGAACAAUCUCACAGCCCCAGAGCUCAGUGUUGCAGGUGAUGUGUCUGCAGACGAGGACGAUCCCGAGCUGCUGAGGAUCGGUUUGAAAGUCUGGACCACUCAGGGAGACCACCUGUCUGCAGACGACGAGACACGUCCGCUGUCGGCGACCAGCGUCGGCAGCGUGGUGGUCCAGGACCGCCUCAACGAGCUCGUCAGGCUGUUCAAAGGUCGGACAGAGCGGCAGAAAGAACGGCUGAUCGACCCGGAUGAAUCGGAGGAAGAAAGUCCCGCAGCCUCUCCAAGCAAAGCUCCGCCUCCCCCUCCUCCCCCGCCUCCCCCGGGAGAGGAGAAGAAAGACACAGCAGCAGGAGGAGGAGAAGAAGAAAAGGAGGAGGAAAAGGAGUUUAAAUUUGAGCUUCUGGGAUAUGAGGUCAAAAUUCCCAAUCUGCCCAAACUUCCCCCGAUGCCUGGCUGGCUCCGAGCCAUCCUGGAGUUCCGCUUCCCCUCGAGCAUCGACCCGUUCACCGACCUGAUCUACGUCAUCUGGCUGUUCUUCGUGGUGGCGGCGUGGAACUGGAACGUAUGGCUGAUCCCCGUCCGCUGGGCGUUUCCUUACCAAACCCCCGAAAACAUCCACCUGUGGCUGCUGGCCGACUACACCUUCGACCUCAUCUACAUCAUUGAUAUCCUCGUCUUCCAGCCCAGGUUGCAGUUCGUCCGUGGAGGAGACAUCGUGUGCGACAAGAAGGACAUGAGGGAGCACUACAUGACCACAGAGAGAUUUAAGAUGGACAUCAUCAGCCUGUUUCCUUUGGAGGUAUUUUACUACUUCACUGGAGUCAACUCUCUGCUGAGGUUCCCUCGCCUGCUGAAGUACAUGGUUUUCUCUGAGUUCAACGACAGAAUGGAAUCUGUGAUGAAGAAAGCGUACAUCUAUAGGGUGAUCCGAACCUCAAUGUACCUGCUGUACUCCCUGCACAUCAACGCCUGCCUCUUCUACUGGGGCUCCGAUUAUGAAGGACUGGGAUCCACCAAGUGGGUCUACAACGGAAAAGGCAACGCGUACAUCCGCUGUUACUACUUUGCCGUGAAGACGCUGAUCACCAUAGGAGGACUGCCCGACCCAACCACUGUCUUUGAAAUCUGCUUCCAACUCAUUAAUUACUUUGUUGGCGUCUUUGCUUUCUCCAUCAUGAUCGGUCAGAUGAGGGAUGUAGUUGGAGCAGCGACUGCCGGGGAGAACUACUACCGUGCCUGUAUGGACAGCACGGUUAAGUACAUGACCUCCUACAACAUCCCUCGCGAGGUCCAGAACCGCAUCAAGACCUGGUACGACUACACCUGGAAGAGCCAGGGCAUGCUGGAUGAGCAGGAGCUUCUGAUCCAGCUUCCCGAUAAGAUGAGGAUGGACAUCGCCGUGGACGUUAACUACGCCAUUGUCAGUAAAGUCGCCCUGUUUCAGGGCUGUGACAGGCAGAUGGUGUUUGACAUGCUAAUGAGGCUCAAGUCUGUCGUGUACCUGCCCGGAGACUUUGUUUGUAAAAAGGGGGAGAUCGGCAGGGAGAUGUACAUCAUCAAGCAGGGCGAGGUUCAGGUGGUGGGCGGUCCUGACCUGCAGACGGUGUUCGUCACCAUCAGAGCCGGCUCGGUGUUUGGAGAGAUCAGUCUGCUGGCGGGAGGCGGAGGAAACCGGCGCACAGCCAACGUGAAGGCUCACGGAUUUGCCAAUUUGUUCAUCCUGGAUAAGAAGGACCUGGCAGAGAUCCUGGUGCAUUACCCCGAGUCCGAAAAACUGCUGCGCAAGAAGGCCAAGAAGAUGCUGACGAAGGACAAGAAGCCGGAGGAGAAGGAGGAGGGUAAAGGUGCAAAGACAGUCAUCCCGCCACGACCGGACACGCCAGAAAUGUUCAAGGCCGCCCUGAAGGUGACGGAGCAGGCAGGCAUCGAGGGAACCUUCGCCAAGCUGAAGAAAGCAUACAAACCGUCUGAGGCGGGAGAGGCACAGGCUCCUCCCUCCAUUUCUCCAAUCCCGCCCCCUUCUCCAAUGCACCGCCGGUCUCCGGUACCCCUGAGUCCAGCUCCAGAAGACGGAGAGGAAACGGUGGCAGAAACAGCCGACAGCUCGGUCAUCAUCAGGAUGACGCCGCGGCACAAAGGGGAGGAGGUUCUCACCGUGGAGAUGAAGGCAGGAGAGAGAGGGGGGGCGGAGGAGAAGGUGGAGACGAAGGAGAAGGAAGAGGAGCCGUCAAAGGAGUGAGCUGACAGGAAGCUGCUGCCCUCCACCUGCUCCAAGGAGGAAACAGGACACUCUCAGGUGUAGGACAUGCUUCUUCUUCUGUGGUGGAUUUUAUUGUCACAGAAAAACACAUUUCAUCUAAACUGUCACAUGACAGGAAGGAAGGAGAAGAAUGAUGUAAAUGAAAGGAAGCAGGAACUAAAGCAAGGACGGAAAGAAUACUUCCUUCUUUUCUUCCUUCCUCCCAUUUUAAUUCAGGUUUUUUCAGGUCUCAGAGUUUCAGAGAACUUUGAUCUCACGGAGGUUACUGUCUGGCUGAGGUACCGUCUUUGGCCACACGAGCUGACUUACAUGUACCAGCCAUUAGAACCCAGAGGGGCGCUGUUUCACCACGCAGGAGGAGUGUGUCUGUAACAGAAAUGAUUAAAGAAACUCAUUUUCCCAGAAUCCCCGGUUUCUGUCCUGCAGCUUCUUAACCACUGACUUUCUGGGGCCCUCCCUCAGCUGAUUUUAGAGGCAUGUGUUGGGAACUACAGGAAGCAGGCGGAAGAAGAAGAAGAAAGGCGUGAGCUGCGUCUUCUUCAUGUAAAAACAGACUGAACAUGUAUUUGUGGCGUGUGAGAGAUCUGACAGCCGCUGAUUGAUUUUCCACCGAGAGCUGCUCGAUAACGCUGUCUGACAUCAGCUGAGCUCUGAGGACAUCCAAUGAUUUUAGCCGGCAGCUUCCAGGUCAUUCAGGGUCACCAGGAUGACGGUUCAGGGUUAGCGGGUCAGUUUGGACCUCUGAGUCAUGAGGUCUUCAUCAGCACGCACAAAAGUGCAGCAUGUAUUUUAAUAUCUGAACAUGUUGGUUUUCCUGUAACACAGUAAAAAUAUCAUAGUUAGAACAAAUGGUUCACUGUUUGAACUCUGGAAGCUUGUUUCUGUCAUAGAAAAAAGAUUUUCUGCCAUUUAUGAACCAAAAUUUGUCCAAAAAGUUUGACUAAGUAAGACAAAAUUUGGGGAUACUGAACCUGAAAUUUUGAAUUUAUGAUGUCAAAAAUGUACUGAAACAAGCUUCUGUUCAUAACAAAAACAACACAUGAAAAAUCUAAAAUAAGCAAUUAAAAAAUGAAAUCAUGAGGCAAGCUUUAAUACAAUAAAGCCUACAGUCAUUUUAGCUGUAGCUGCUGGAGGGCGCUGCUGAGCUUUCUGAUAGGAUAAAGAGCCUGUGGGUAGAAGCUCCUGCCCACAGAGCUGCUGCAGUGUUUAUACAGGACAGGAAAAGCUUCAGGAAGCGCAGGAAACUGUGUCGGCCGAGAAAAAGGCGGGAAAACAGAAACAAUGCAGCACAGGAAGCUUCGUGAUUACUGCUGAUUGUCGAGAGUAGAAGAAGAAACAUGUGACAGUGCUGCUUUGGCUCAGAAUUCAGGUUUUAUUGUAUUUGUACUGAAGCAACGACGUCACUGUAAGAAUUAAAAACCAGUUUGUAAAUAAAAUGAUUAUAACGAG